AUGGCAUUCCUUUGGAUUUUCUCUUGCCUGGCCAUCCUUGGCACAGCUUAUGGACGGAGCUGUGGAGUCCCAGCCAUCACUCCAGUCAUCUCGGGCUAUUCAAGAAUUGUGAAUGGUGAAAAUGCUGUUCCAGGAUCUUGGCCAUGGCAGGUCUCCCUGCAGCAAACCAAUGGCUUUCAUUUCUGUGGUGGCUCCUUGAUUAACGAAAACUGGGUUGUCACUGCUGCCCAUUGCAGUGUGAGCACAAGACACUUGGUCAUUAUUGGAGAUUACAACAAAUGCACAGGUGAUGGAAAAUCUCAGGCCAUUUCAGUUGCUAAGACCAUCACUCACCCUGACUGGGAUCCAAGUACCAUUAACUAUGACAUCACUCUUGUGAAACUCGCAACACCUGUCACAUUCAAUCAGUUUGUGUCCCCUGUGUGUCUCGCUAGUGCAGCUGGCAAUUUCGCUGCGGGCAAGCUGUGCGUCACUACAGGAUGGGGGUUGACUAACUCAAAUGCCUUCUUCACACCGUGCGUUCUGCAGCAGACAUCACUCCCCAUCUUGAGCAACACUGAGUGCCAGAAAUACUGGGGCAACAUGAUCUCUGAUGUGAUGAUCUGUGCUGGUGCUGCUGGUGCUUCCUCCUGCAUGGGUGACUCAGGUGGACCGCUUGUCUGCCAGGAGGGAGGAGCCUGGAAUCUAGUGGGUAUCGUUUCCUGGGGAAGUGGCAAUUGUUCCCCAAAUAGUCCUGGAGUUUAUGCCCGUGUAUCUGAAUUCCGCAACUGGGUCGAUCAGACACUUGCUAUGAAUUAA